AUGCACUUAUCUCCCCCCGUCUCUGUCUGUCAGGGGGUGCUGUGCGCCCUGCUCCUGCUCUCGCUGCCGGCCGGCCAAGCCCAGAAGCGGGCAAAGGAUCACCAGCGCCACCACCACCACCACCACCACCACCACUGCUUCAGCCAAGAGCAGCUGCAGGCCGGGGAGCUGCCCACCCACUUUGUGAGCAGGACCAUGAAGUGGGACCGAUACGCCCCCGUGCAGCUGGUGCCACACCUGGAGAAGAUGCAGCAGGAAGGAGGCCAGAGACGCAAACGCCAAGUAGAUGGGUGCCCGGCUCUGCAGCUCCAGGCUACCGUCAACAGCGAGCCCAACGAGCGCUCCCUCUCUCCCUGGAGAUACCGCAUCGACGAGGAUGAGAACCGCUACCCGCAGAAGCUGGCCUUCGCCGAGUGCCUGUGCACCGGCUGCAUUGACGUCAAGACGGGCCGGGAGACGUCCUCGCUCAACUCUGUGCUCAUGCACCAGACCAUGAUGGUGCUUCGCCGCAAGCUGUGCCCGCACAAUGCCAGCCCUGGGACCUUUGCCUUCGAGGUGGAGUACAUCAAGGUGCCAGUCGGCUGCACCUGUGUCCUCCCCAGGUCCAGCGGCUGA